AUGGCAAUGGUCCUACUGGACGAGGAUCCUCCCCCAGUAGGUGCGAUCAUCUUUACCAGAAUGGAUGCUUUGGCCAGGCAAACCAUAGCUGCCGAUGAGGACAUGUUAGAGCCUGCACCUGCAGAACGACAGGUGAAGGCAUCGUCUGCCCAUUUGGCGGCAUUUGCUGAUGGCCCCAAGAAGCGAACCCGCCAGUCCCUCCCAACCAACCACCCCAAGUCACUCCCAACAAUCCCAAGUCACUCCCAACAAUCCCAAGCACAACAACAGGGUGGUUGCCAAGAAACCAGCCUAGCCUAUGAAGCCUCUUCUCAAGCUCCCUCCGGCUGA